AUGCAAACUUUCAGGACCUUGAUCAUAUUACUAGGCGUUUUGAAGGCUCAUGCGGCCAGCUCCACCACGACAGCUGCCACGAGUUUGAUAACUGGCUGCCAUACUCAUGGAUCGGAUAUUUAUUGCUACAAUGAGAAUGGAAGUGAGGUUCUGGUCUCUGCGACAGCAACUACAAGCGGUAUCCAAGCUCAGUACACUGGUUGUCAUACUCAUGGAAACGAAUCAUACUGCAUGGAUGACGAGGGAAAUGAUGUUUUAGUCGAAGAAGAAGAGACCAAUUCUGAGGAGGAGCAUGGUGAUGAACACAAUCACAGUGAUGAAGAGUCUGAAGAAAAUAAAACAAACUGUCACUUUCAUGCAGGCGUUGAACAUUGCACUAGUGAGGACGAGUCAGAAGAAAAUAGCGGUGCAUCUUGUGGAAUUCAGACAAGAGAUUACGACGUACCACUAAGGAUUGGAACAUUGUUCGUUAUUCUUGUCACCAGUGCGAUUGGCGUCUUCGCCCCUAUUCUGCUUGCACAGCUCCGUUUUGCAUCUAUCAACGCAAUCGUGUCGAUAAUCCUUAAACAGUUCGGAACGGGGGUUAUCAUCGCAACAGCAUUCGUCCAUCUUUACACACAUGCUUCGCUUAUGUUUACAAAUGAAUGCCUCGGCGAGCUAGACUACGAAGCAACCACUUCUGCGGUUGUGAUGGCCGGAAUAUUCCUUGCCUUCUUGUCCGAAUACGCUGGCCAUCGCUUUAUGGCUGCUCGAGCUAGAAUAGCCCCUUCAUCGACAGUAGAGACGCCAGAAACCCAGCUUUCAUCUCACAAGGCGUCACCCCCGUCCACACAACCUUCAAAUCUGGUACACCUAGGCCAUUCACAUGGUCUGCCUCUCGAUCCUACGAAGCCUAAUAGCAAAUUUUCUGUGCUUGUUAUGGAAGCUGGGGUGCUCUUCCACAGCAUUCUGAUUGGCUUAACGCUGGUUGUUGCUGGGGACUCUUUUUACAAGACAUUGCUAGUUGUCAUUGUCUUCCAUCAAUUCUUCGAAGGAUUGGCACUGGGAGCUCGUAUUGCGAUGCUUCCGGAUGCUAUCCUACCUUCAAAGGCCCUCAUGGCAGGAGCCUUUGCUCUCAUCACUCCGAUAGGAAUGGCAAUUGGAUUAGGCGUGUUGCACUCUUUCAACGGAAACGAGCGAAGCACCCUAAUUGCCCUAGGGACACUAGAUGCACUUUCUGCUGGUAUUCUCGUCUGGGUUGGUGUUGUCGAUAUGUGGGCUCGAGACUGGGCGAUUGAAGGUGGUGAAAUGCUUGAUGCAUCUUUAGGGAAAGUAUUGAUGGGGGGUUGGCGCUGGUUGCUGGGUUGGUCUUAA